AUGACUCUUAACAAGCAUAAGCCGUGGAUUGAAACAACCUACCAUGGUAUAGUUACAGAAAAUGACAACACGGUGCUCUUGGACCCCCCCUUGAUAGCCCUGGACAAAGAUGCCCCUCUGCGUUUUGCAGAGAGUUUUGAGGUGACAGUCACCAAAGAAGGUGAGAUCUGUGGCUUUAAAAUUCACGGGCAAAAUGUUCCCUUCGAAGCAGUGGUAGUGGAUAAAUCCACUGGGGAGGGAAUAAUACGCUCCAAAGAAAAGCUUGACUGUGAGCUGCAGAAGGACUACACGUUCACCAUCCAGGCCUACGACUGCGGAAAGGGACCAGAUGGAGCAAAUGCCAAAAAAUCCCACAAAGCAACAGUACACAUUCAGGUGAACGAUGUUAAUGAGUAUGCUCCUGUGUUCAAAGAGAAGUCCUACAAGGCAACAGUUAUCGAAGGGAAGAGGUAUGACAACAUCCUGAAGGUGGAAGCAGUGGAUGCAGAUUGUUCCCCUCAGUUCAGCCAGAUUUGCAGUUACGAAAUCGUAACUCCGGAUGUACCUUUUGCUAUAGACAAAGAUGGUUAUAUAAAAAACACAGAAAAGUUAAACUAUGGUAAAGAACAUCAGUAUAAACUGACAGUAACAGCGUAUGACUGUGGGAAGAAGAGAGCUGCUGAGGAUGUGUUGGUUAAAAUUAGCAUUAAGCCUACAUGCAAGCCUGGCUGGCAAGGUUGGAGCAAAAGAAUAGAGUAUGAGCCUGGUACUGGCUCCUUAGCUCUCUUCCCUGGGAUGCAUUUGGAGACGUGCGAUGAGCCGAUAACCUCAAUUCAAGCAACGGUUGAGCUAGAAACCAGCCAUAUUGGUAAAGGCUGCGAUAGAGACACCUACUCUGAGAAAUCCAUUCACAGACUCUGUGGUGCUGCUUCUGGCACGGCUGAGCUGCUUCCCCCUCCAAGCAGUGCCGCUAACUGGACAAUGGGACUUCCUACUGAUAACGGGCAUGACAGCGACCAAGUCUUUGAGUUUAAUGGCACACAAGCUGUGAAGAUUCCAGAUGGCGUUGUCACAGUCAAUCUCAAGGAACCCUUCACGAUUUCGGUGUGGAUGAGGCAUGGGCCCGGGACCAAAGAGAAGGAGACAAUUCUGUGCAACUCAGACAAGACAGAUAUGAACCGGCACCACUACACACUCUACGUACACAACUGCCGACUUGUUUUCCUCUUCCGCCAAGAUCCUUCAGAGGGAAAAACGUACAAACCUGCUGAAUUUCACUGGAAACUAAAUCAAGUAUGUGACAAGGAGUGGCAUCAUUAUGUCCUCAAUGUCGAAUUUCCUGUGGUGACUCUCUAUGUGGAUGGUGUUUCGUAUGAUCCUUUUCCAGUGACUGAAGAUUACCCACUUCAUCCUUCCAAGAUAGAAACGCAGCUCGUGGUUGGAGCGUGUUGGCAAGAAUAUACAGGAAAUGAAAAUGACAAUGAAACUGUGCCUGAGACCUCUGCAGGUGGUGAACUGCACAUGGCUCAGUUUUUCCGAGGCAACCUGGCAGGUUUGAUGAUUCGUUCUGGUAAACUGGAAAACAAGAAAGUGAUAGAUUGCCUGUACACCUGCAAAGAGGGACUGGAUUUGCAAAUGGCUGAUGGCGUUGGCAAAGGCGUGAAGGUCCACAUGAACCCAAGUCAGUCAACUCUGACCUUGGAAGGGGAUGAUAUCGACAGAGUUGAUAAGGCCAUGCAGCACAUUUCCUACCUGAAUUCCCGCCAGUUCCCAACACCGGGGAUUCGGAGGCUUAAAAUCACCAGCGUUGUCAAGUGUUUCAAUGAAGAGGACUGCGUCGCCAUUCCUUCUGUGGAGGGAUAUGUCAUGGUCUUGCAACCAGAGGAACCAAAGAUCAGCCUUAGUGGCAUCAACCAUUUUGCCCGCUCUGCUUCAGAGUUCGAGAGUCCUGAGGGUGUUGCCCUCUUUCCUGAGCUUCGCAUAAUAAGCACCAUUACACGGGAGGUGGAGCCGGAGGGAGACGGAGAUGAAGAUCCUACAGUACAAGAGUCCUUGGUAUCUGAAGAGAUCAUGCAUAACCUGGAUACGUGUGAGGUGACAGUGCAAGGAGAGGAACUAAAUCAGGAGCAAGAAAGCCUGGAGAUUGACAUGACACGGUUACAGCAGAAAGGCAUUGAGAUGAGUAGUUCCAACCUGGGCAUGAUAAUCACAGGGGUCGAUACUAUGGCUAGUUAUGAAGAAGUUUUGCAUUUGAUACGCUACAGAAACUGGCACACUGUUUCUCUCUUCGACAGAAAGUUCAAAUUAGUCUGUUCUGAGCUUAACGGACGCUAUGUCAGCAAUGAGUUCAAAGUGGAGGUGAAUGUUAUCCACACAGCCAACCCGGUUGAACACGCUAAUCACAUAGCUGCACAGCCACAGUUCGUUCACCCUGUGCAUCACACGUUUGUGGAUCUCUCUGGUCACAACGUCGCCAACCCUCACCCGUUUUCAGUUGUUCCAAGUACAGCCACUGUUGUGAUUGUAGUUUGUGUCAGUUUCCUGGUUUUUAUGAUUAUUCUGGGAGUGUUCCGAAUCCGAGCUGCCCAUCAGCGGACCAUGCGUGACCAGGACACUGGGAAGGAAAACGAGAUGGACUGGGAUGACUCUGCUUUGACCAUCACUGUGAACCCCAUGGAGACUUAUGAGGAUCAACACAGCAGUGAAGAGGAAGAGGAGGAAGAGGAAGAAGAAAGUGAAGAUGGAGAAGAAGACGACAUCACUAGCGCAGAGUCAGAAAGCAGUGAGGAGGAGGAGGGAGAGCAGGAGGAGGACCAACAGAAUGUUAAUAGACAGCAACAGCUGGAAUGGGAUGACUCUACCCUCAGUUAUUGAUUCUAGCUGUUCCCUUUGUCUUUGUUUCCGCUCUAGAAGACUCCACUGUAACACACUCCAUUGUUACCAAGGAUUCAUGGUGUUUAAAAAAAAAAAAAAAAGAGGAAAAAAAAAAUCAUUCUGGCCAGUAGAUUCAACCCCCACACAUCCCUGUGUUUGUGUUACGUCAGCUAGUUCCUGAUGCUGAUUUUAGAAUUGUAGUUAGCACCUCUUCUCCUUCAGCCAUGCCUCAGUGACUGGAUUUUUUUAUUUUUUUUUUUUACGCUAUGUGAGGAACCACCUUGCACUUUUUUCUUCAUGUCAUCUCAGCUAAGUGACUCUACAGGUCUGUAGCCAUUGCACAUGAAUUUCUGAACUGUCUUUUUUUGCUCAGUGAAACAAACUUGGCUUCGUUCCUUUUUCUAAAAGAUGCAAAGAUUGCUUGUUGGCAAAGGGUAAAGCUGCUCAUUUCAGCCUGUUGAUUUCUUUUAAUUUUUUUUCCCCGAAUUAGUGCAUGUGUAAAGUGGCAGAAUGAGGUUAAUAUGUAGAAGAUUAACAGACUUUUUAAUAUUUUGUAAAUAUAUUGGAAUUAUGUAAUUAUGUCAUUUGUGGUAGUGAAAAACAGGGAUUGGGGUUUAAAACAUGCUAAAGUAAACAAAAAUCAUGCAGCAUGAACUAUUACAAGUCUCAUACUACUGCAGCAGGAGCACGGGCACAGUUCUCUAGUGUAGAUGUUCCGGUAAUACAGUGUCAUUGGCCUUGGCUGCCAUGUUCGCUCAUGCCCCGCUCUUUUUUGUUUGUCUGGAAUUUUUCUUUCUUUAAUCUCCUUUAUUUUUACAGAGGGACUGGACAAGCUUCUGAGAAACUGUAGAGGCUUUAGGAACCUCUGCAGAGGUUUGGCUGCCCUGUGCGAUACAGCUUGUUGGGUGUUUUUUCUUUUCUCCAAUUAAAUCUUGGCAUAAGGGCUUUUAAGUUAUUGGGAAAGGACACUGCUUGGCUGGUGGGCACAUGGGUGUGCUGGUGCUGGGGUGUGUUGCCACAGCUCCUGUUAAUUACAGUCAGGCUGCCUGUUACACAGUGAUGGUCUGUCUGCGCCGCUGCCAGGGUGGAUUAUUCGUUUAGUUGCUGGAUUGUUACACUGGCAACCGAAGCUGGAAAGCCUGAGACCUGUGUACCUGUGCGUCUUGGCUACCAGUCUCCAUAGAUAGGUAUUUGGGGUUUGGUUCUGUUCAGUUUUUUUCUAAUUUGGUAGUGGGAGGGUUUGGGGCAUAGCUGAUGUAAUUUCUUUUAAACACACUCCUGCUCAUUCCCUAUAGCCCCUUGUACAGUAACUUGGACUGUUGGUGUAUUAAGCCUUUGUUUACACUUAGUAAUUGUGUUUUCCUGCUGGUGGAAAAACUAUAGCAUAAAUUAUCCAACCAGAAAACCUUGGGAAUCAUGUUAAUAUUAUUCCAGAUGAUUCUGGUUGUUUCAGAUCAAAGUUCUAAUGGAGUUGCAAAGGACUUUUUCUAAGGAAAUAGCUGGAAGGUACGAAAAGUAAAUUACAACCCUGUGGUGGAGAGUGCUAGUUUGUUUUGUUUUUUUUUUUUUUUGUAGGGCAGGUCUUGUUUAUUUAACUUUAUUUGGUCUUAUGCAGAGCCUUGAAUAAUGACUGUCUGCUUACUUGAGUUUUACAUUUGGAGAUGGAUAAAAUUUUUAAAGAGUACCUUGUUUUGCUUGUGACAGGAGACUAGGACUCCAUUCACUCCUCCGCACGGUAAGCAAAGUUCGGUUGUUGAUCUUGCACGUAGUCUGCCCUUGCUCGGGGUGCGCAGAGCCCGCGGGACGCGGCAGGGAGCCGUCGUGCUGGAGGAGCGAGAGCGAGCCAAAGGGUGGGGGCACAAAGGGUUGUAACCAGACAAAAGAUGAGGAUUGUUCCAAAUGUUUCUGUAGCUUCAGUUUUCAGAGCCAGACCUAUUCUCACCUAGCGACGUGUCGAGGGAUCUGACGGUGGGUUUCUGCCUGGGGUAGGCGUGACUGCGGAGUGCCUUUUACACGAGUAGGGGGACCUGGAGGCAGGGAAGAGAACCCACACAACUAGCUUACCGAUUUUGGGGUUGGUUUUUUUUUAUGUGAAAUUUUAGAUUUCUAAAAAAAUGGGGAAAUGGUUUUGACUACUUACGUGGUAAUUAACUGCUAGUUUUAAGUAAACUGGGAAACUUUUAACUUAUGUCUGACAGUUGUCCUGUGUUAAUGUGUAGAAGACUUAUCCUUCCAUAUACUGUUGCUGUAGCUGCUGUAUUUUAGACCAAAACUGAUCAUGGCUUAAUGGUGAUACGGAAAGGUUGUAAACGUCCUGAUGCAGUUUGUAGCCACUGUGGAUAUAACUUUUCAGAUGUGUAUAUUGGUAAAAGGUCAGUUUGGAAAGUCUUAUAAGCUACAAUAAAUUUAUGGUUCUAAA